AUCACAAUUAAGGAGUAUGAUGAAAUGCUUGAAAUGUUAUUGAAACCAACGGAAAUCACAGAGGUCAUAAACUGAAGUCAAAUACCCCGCUAAAUUUUGAUGUAAACCCAAUCGAUAAAGAAGAUUUCUUCUGCCAGUAGUGGAAAUUAGAGUUUAGUUUUCAUUGCAGCCGCUGAGAUAAGCGACAAAUAGCAUUCUGCAGGCGUAUAUUGCAGUUUCCAAUCUAUAACCUCUGUGAUCUGUGGUGUCAAUAGUUGUCAGCAAUUAUGUAGCAGUCAGCAGUAAACUAAGAUAAAAGAUAUCAAUCCUUCUGAAGAUUCUAGCUGAUUCAACAAGGCCUUAUGAAAACAGUAAAAAGUUUAAACGUUUAUUUUCAAAUGGAACUGAGAUGAAAGUAUUUAAAGAGAACUGUGUUCGCUUUUCUCCGUGACUCUGUUUCCAGUUUUUCGCAUUUAUUUAUCGGUAAAAGUGCGGAUUUUCUAUUUAAUGCGUUUUAGUUUAAAUAAUGAAAAUUAAUAGACACUGUGUACCUGAAUAUGAAAGUGAUCGCUCUACUCAGUAGUGACUUGUAAAAUUACUAUAUAUACUCUUUGAUAUUGAUAAUAAUUCCUGCGCUUAAUUAGUGGAAGCGUGGUUUAAAAGAUGUCCAAACACUAUGUUUACUCUGGAGACCAGGCAAUAAUAAUUCCAGAUGGCACAAUUCUCUGGAACGAUGAGUCAAACGACCAAUCGACUUUGCAUUAUUUCGAUGCAAACGAUUCAACUAUUAAUGAAAACUAUGUGACUGCUAUCGAUUCCAAUGAAACUCAAUACUUAUCUAUUCUAGAGGCUUCCAAUACUAAUGGGAUUUCAUUAGAAGACUUACAUUUAACCGUUGAGCAUGAAGAUGAAUCAAUUGGGAUUACAAAUGAUAAUCCUGUCGAAAAAAAUUGUACAGAACAAAUUCAGCAAAAUGAUCCUGAUGAUAAUGCAGAAGUCGUUGUUUUCACUAUGGAUGGCUCGGAUGAUUUGUAUGGGAUUCAAAUGACCUGUGACGAGACCGGAAAUAUUCGCAAAUACCAAUUCAAAUUUAGAGCAACAUCAGAUGGACAGUUAGAACCUAUUCCAGAAACUGUCACACUUCUUCCAGAUGAGGAUCAAUUGCUGCAAUCACAGUCCGGUGAAAUUGAGCAAACUGAUCAAAGUCAGUCUACGGAAAGGGCGCAGGAAUAUUUUUUAGUUCCCGGACAAUCUGAUUGCAGUGAGAAAAUCUUAACUGAAAAUGGGCAAGUAGAAGAGCUUAACUUGCAGCAUGUUUAUAUUGAAGGGCAACAUGAUCCUUUGGACAUGUGUGAAGCAGCCGAUGGCCACAACAUAGAUUCAGAAAUAUUACAGCACUGUAUUGGAUCUGUUCCUGAAGGCGCACAUUUGCAAUCCCACAUUGAAAAUAUCUGUGUUAAAUCUGAGACGUGUUUGCCAAAUGACCAACUAAAUACAGUGAGUAUAAAAGGGGAACAUUUUUUGGGAAUGGAAAGUGAAGGCCAAUUCGAACAAGCGCUCUUUGAUCAAACCAUUCAUUCCAGUAUUAUAUGUAAAGAAGAAAACCAGAUUGACUCGCAUUCAUCUAAUGCACUGCAGCUGUAUCAGCAAGAAGCUGAAACAUCAAAUCAGUUUGGAGCGCCAGAGGAAAACCAAGAACAACAAUUUUUGAACAUAGACAGCCAACAAACUCAUGAGGACCUUGUUCAGCAAUUGUUCUGUGGCCAACAUAAUCAGAUUGAAGUUCAAUAUGAGACAGAAUUGGAACCUGAGGACUCCCCAACGGAAUGCGAAUAUAGUGAAGCAUAUGAAAAUCAUGAAAAUCCCAUGGAUUAUGCCGUUGAAUAUAUACAACAGGCGGCGGACAAUUUGAGUCAGAAUUGUGAUACCGAACAGUACACACAGAGACACAUAGAGAACUAUGAGUCUGCCGAAGGUGAAGUCCCAAUUGAAACAAACACCGUACCUCGCCAUCUAGAUCAAAUUAGCCAACACUCUAGUGUUCAAAGAAGUAAUAUUUUAAAAAAUCCAGUCACUUCCGAUAAAGAAAACAAAAGUAAACUGAGAUACUAUGUUGUAUAUCGAGAAAAGGAGAAUAUGAACUCAUUGGCAGAGGAAAAAACUAAGUCUGUGUCACAAGUACCAACUGAGCCGAAAUUGACCAAACUCGCCAAUCCUCGAAGUGUUCUUCGAACGUCCGUUUUAGCUCAAAAAGAGCAUCGUCUCAAGCGUAACACCACUAGCAGCGUACCUGAAACUGAUCUCUUUGAUAAACGAUUUGCCCGAAAUAAAGAUGCCCUGCGAGCCAAACAUUUUCACAACUUUUUGAACAAAACUACUAUACCUCAUGCACCAAUACGACAACACAGACAACCGAGGAAGCAGGAAAUUAAACCCAUUGUCGAAAGAAGUCGAGGCGAAAUUAUAAUUCAAGAAGUAAUUGUGUCUUCCAGUGGUUUCGUGGAGCGGCCGAAUAAAAGGACGUGUGAAAAUAGGGUGACUGCUAUUGUUGAAUUAUCGGAUUCAGAAGAUGAAGCGGCAAGUGGGCGAAGAAAAAGUCGACGCUCUUGGAGAACAUCAGAGUCAGAUAAAAGUGUAAUACUAAUACAUUCAGAUGAUGAACUUGAUGAUUCAAAGACAAGUACAGCUGAUAAGGCCAAAUUAAGCUUGAAGCGAAGUAGAUCUCAAAGAACCCCGAUCAAGCGUAAAAGGAAAGGGAAACAUAGAAAAAUUGACAGAAAAGUAGCAGAUCCUUCAAGUAAAGAUUUGGCAAACAUUGAUAAAGUUUCGCAAGAAAGUACGCAAUUACCCCAGUGUGAUAAUAGAUUAUUACCUAUAUAUUUAAUUGAUCUACACAAAAAAGAAAAAAUUUGCCCUCAUUGUCCGAAAACGUUCCCUAGUCAAAAUAGUCUCAAUACUCACUUAAUUCACCACAAUUUAGAAAAUAGUUUAAAGAACAAGACUCGACUGAGUUCUAAACCAAAUUGUAUAUCUACUCGGCAAUCUUUGCUUCGGAAGGUAGAGUAUAAUCACAAGUGUGACAAAUGUAAAUCAACAUUCAAAAAUAUUAUUUUACUACAGAAACACAAAUGCAUUGAGAGUCAAGGUUCUUUUAAUUGUUUAUGGUGCCUGAAGCAGUUUGAUGAUAUUGUUUUAUUAAAUAGCCAUAAGAAAGUUCAUGUUAAAUCAAAUUUAGUAAAAAAUACUAGCAUUAUAACAAUUACACCGAAAAAAGCGGUACAAAGACCGAGUGUUAGUAAAUCCAAUGUAGUUAUACCUUCAAAGAAUUUAGCCAGCAAAACGUUUAAAUGUAAAGACUGUCCGAGAAUUUGUGAUUCAAUAAUUUCACUGUUUAACCACAUGAAAGUGCACAAGAAAGUGUCGUGUUCUUCAUGCUUAGCAGAGUUUUCAUCCAAACUUUUACUGGAGCACCAUAGAAGGAGAAAUUGCGUGAAAAUUAAACCGAUUCAUAAGCCUCUUUUAGUGGGGAAUUCAAAUGCGCGCCCCCCAACAAAGCAAUUAACUGUUUCUAGUCCAACUAAUAAGACUGAAAACGACACUUUAAAAGAGCCGUUAGUAUCCGGUAAGCUGAAUUGUUAUAAGUGCAACAGAAAGUUUUCAACAGUUCGUAACUUGUACGUGCAUAGAUCACAAGCACAUAGGUUGAAUACUCCUAGCAAAACUGUUUUGACUAAACUUAAGAAUGGUGUUUAUAAAAGCAAAGCUGCUCAUGGCGGAAUUCCGCUAAAUGAUCGCUUAAAGAUGGCCUGUGCAACAUUCAGAAAGAAACUGUCUGAAACUGUUUUAACUGUUGAAUAAUCAUAUAAUUAAUUUAAAGUUGUAUUUAUGUUUUAACUGUUAUUAUAUAGGGUGUAACAAAUGCGACGAUUAUGGAUGUCAGAAUAAAUCCACUAAUCUAUUGAAGAAAGAUGUAUAUGUAUCUAUAAGGACAUAAUGAGAGCUAAUCUAAUUGACUAUGUCAACGAAAAUUACUUUUAUUUAACUUAUUGCCUUGUUUACUAUAGAGAAAAAUAUUAUAAAUGAAUUUAUGGUGUUUUUUAGACCAUAAGCAAUUUUAUACUUAACUGAACAACUCUAAUAACAAUAUUGAACUUUUCUGAAAUAAAACCAAAGAAAACCACGAUUAAUCUUCUCAAUCAAAUAAACGAUUACUUAGUUUUCGGUGUUACGUACUCCAACUGCAAAGUUAAUAAUAGCGGACUUUUAUACUUUUUUGCUUAUUCAUGGAAUUGACCUGAAAUUGCUCUAAAUUCUCAGAUGCUCAUAACUGUUAGAUCUUGCUUCAAUUACCUCAUCAUUUUCUUUGUUAUCCUCGAUGAUUCGAUUUGUAUAAGCUUGUUUCCUCGCCCUGUCCAAUCCUAAAAUAAAUGACGAUUUUACUUGAUAUGCAUUUAAAAAUGUAUCAAAUUAUGUUUGAUCAUAUGAUCAAAAAGAUACUGAGAUAUAAAAACAUAUGUUAAAACAUAAAAAUCAUCUAAAAUAAAUAUUGUCGAAAAAAAAACGUUCCGAAUCUAUUUCUUGAUAAAGUAGGUACUUUCAAUUUGUCUAAAAAUGAUUUAUUUUCCUAUUUGUACAAAUAAUAAUCUUUUCCAUCUCCAUUUUUCUGCUCUUUAUAAAAUGGUUUAGUAUUCACAGUUUUGAUAUCAAGUAACUAUGUUAAAACUAUGUUACUUAAAUUUUUUGCAAUAUCGGGGGAGUGCUUAGCUGGAUUUUAUGCAAUUUGGAUUUGUCCCUACGUCUUUUUCUAAGAAACGCAAUUCGGACGAAACCGCUUCCAAACUCGGACCGGACAAAACCGGUCUAAGACUUUUACCAAGUCAGUCAUUUCUUAUUUAAUUUAUUAAUUUAUUAUAAAAGAACAUUGUCGCUUACGACAACCGAAACAGUUUUUUUGAGCGAAAACUAUGAAUGCUACAACAUUUUACAAAAAGCACGAAAAUGGAAAUCGAUAAGAUCAUUAUUUUUAUUUUAUUUAUACAAAUAGGAAAAUAAAUAAUUUACUGUAAGUAUGUACUUAUCAUAAAAUAGAUUCCAAACUACCCAAUUAAAGUUUUUUUCGACUUUUAUUUUAGGUGCUUUGUUUUUUUUUAUAAUGAAUUUUUAUUAUUAAUUAUAUUCCUCGCUUUGACAAUGACCAAUGAGUCAUUUUUUAUAUUGAUUGAAAAUAAUUUGCGAAUUGAAAUUUCUUAUAAAGAGAUUAAUGGCGCUUUGCGGAUUAACACAGUUUUGUCCAAGUACCUAUUUGUCUGUAACAUAAAUUUUUUGUCUUAGCUUGUUGUCAUUUUUGUUGUUUUGAAUUAAUAGUAGAACUUCUUAGGAUAACGUAAUGUGUAAAUUGUUCUCAACUUUGUUACACCUUUUAUAUUUUAUUUUUAUUUUAUUAAAUAAUUUUUGGAAUUUGA